UUUUUUUGUAAUGGUGGUGGGGGGGCAGCUUGGUUGUAAAAGCCGGGGGAGCUGGCUCGGGCUUUAUGCGCGUGCCGGGUACUUCCCGGUGCCUACGGUCGACUGUAAUUUAAUGAAUGUACGGCUGCGCUCACGUGGUUUGACCGGAGCGAGACUGCAGAUUCUUUUGUUCAAAAUCAAUCAAAAAAAAAAAAAAAAAAACGAGGAAGACGGACAGAUAGGAGGGAAAAAGAGCAUCGAAACCAGGAAAUCCCUGCGUCGGGUAGCCUUCUCAGACAGCUAAAACAAAGAUCGGCGGCGCCGUAAAGUUUUUUUCUUUCUUUUGAUUUUCUUUUAUUUUCUUCAACUUUCGAUAGCUAGCUAGAGGGGAAAAAAGAAAACUUUUCAAUCUUUAUUUAUUUCACUCGAGCAAGAAUGCCACGUAAGAAGGUGACCGAUGUGUCAGGGAACGGUGGAGUGAAGAGGAAGAGAGGAGGCGGAAGGAAGAAAGACAAGGACUUCAGCAGCGACGACGAGUUCUAUGACUUUGAGCAGGAGAACACAAAGAAGGCAGGGAAGCCUGCCCCCAAGUGUGGACUGCAGCCCGUCACCGUGGCUGACGACGUCAAAGAGAAAAUCAAACUGGAAGGGUCCAAGGUUAAAGGUCAGCUACUGGUUUUUGGAGCAACCAAUUGGGACUUGAUUGGACGCAAAGAAGUACCAAAGCAGCAAGUGGCGUACCGGAACCUGGGACAGAACCUGUGGGGGCCGCACCGCUAUGGCUGCCUGAGCAGCGUGCAAGUGAGCUUUGUAGUGUCCGGGCCCUGUGCUGCCCACAGCCUGCUCAUCACCGCCGAGGGAAAGCUCUGGAGCUGGGGUCGCAAUGAGAAAGGGCAGCUGGGUCAUGGAGACACCAAGCGCAUAGAAGCUCCUAAGCUGGUGGAGGCCCUGGGUGAGGAGGUGAUUGUGGCAGCAGCCUGUGGGCGCAACCAUACCCUGGCACUGACAGAGAAUGGUGCCGUCUACUCAUUCGGAGAGAAUAAGCUGGGUCAACUGGGUCAUGGCAACCAGACUGAUGCUGUUCCUACCCCUGCCACAAUCCAGUACAACGGGCAGCCGUUGGUGAAGGUGGCUUGUGGUGCUGAGUUCAGCAUGGUCGUUGACUGCAAGGGCAACCUGUAUUCGUUUGGCUGUCCAGAAUAUGGCCAGCUUGGACACAACUCGGAUGGGAAAUUCAUUGCCCGAGCUCAGCGCAUCGAAUUUGACUGCGAGCUGAUCCCACGCCGUGUGGCCAUCUUCAUUGAGAAGACGAAGGAUGGGCAGGUGAUGCCGGUGCCAAAUGUAGUGGUGAGGGACGUUGCCUGUGGCUGCAACCACACGCUGGUGCUGGACUCCCAGAAGCGGGUCUUCUCCUGGGGCUUCGGUGGGUAUGGCCGCUUGGGCCACACAGAGCAGAAGGAUGAGAUGGUGCCCCGCUUGGUCAAGCUUUUUGACUUUCCGGGACGCGGGGCGUCCCAGAUCUACUGUGGCUACCAGUGCUCGUUCGCCGUCAGCGAGAUGGGUGGUCUGUUUUUCUGGGGAGUGACUAAUACGUCACGGGAGUCCACCAUGUACCCCAAGUCGGUUCAGGACCUCUGCGGCUGGAAGAUCCGGAGCCUGGCCUGCGGGAAAAGCAGCAUCAUCAUUGCUGCUGAUGAGAGCACCAUUAGCUGGGGUCCGUCCCCGACCUUCGGCGAGCUGGGCUAUGGUGACAACAAGCCUAAGUCAUCCACCACUGCACAGGAGGUGAAGACCUUGGAUGGGAUUUAUGUUGAGCAGGUAGUGAUGGGAUACUCUCACACGCUGGGCAUCGCCAGGCAGGAGACAGAGGCAGAGCGGGAAAAGCUCAAGAAGCUGCCAGAGUACAACCCCCGCAUGCUCUGAUUGGCUGCCGGCCCUUAAACUCCCACCCACUCCCGUCCUCACAGAGUGUCCUCCAUUACGGAAUGCUCUCUCACAGUAUCACCAGUUUGUCACAGUAAAGGGUUAUGGGUGGGGAGGGUUGGAGAAACCUAUAGUGGUGAAACUCAGACAUUUCAUCUUGGGAAAAAAUGUUUAAAAAAAAAAAUACAAAAAAUAUACAUUCUCUCCUCAAAUUGGACCAUCUCCUGUGAAAGGGGGGCUGGCGAGACCGAACACCCCCCACGGACUGCUGCCCCCCCCCCAGUAUCCCCAGCCACACUCAGCACCUUCAGGUAUUCUCAGUUACCAGGACCUCCACGCUCUUGCUUCUCCUCUCUAGCUGGAUGGAAACUCCCUCAUGUUCAGUUGCUGAAGAAUUCAUUGAAAGGUUGUUGUUUUUGUUGUUAUUCUUUUCUUCCACUCUCUGUCUGCCCUUGACCUUCCCCAAAUAUUGGCGUGUGAAAGGGAUCCAUGUCUAUUAUCUUACAAUGGGUGCUAUGUUGUCUUGAUGCAAAUAAUGGCAGGGCGGGGAUCUCUAAGACGAACACUCCAUAUUUGUGCCUUUUUAUGUGAAAUAUUUCAGGUUAAGGCUUUUUUUUUUGUUGUUGUAUGUACAGGUUAUUUUUACCUUACCAGUGUCUUCGCACGCAUCAGUUAAACAGUCAGGAUGUGGGAUAACUAUGUUGUGCCAUGUUGUUCUUGUUGUCUUUGUCCAUUUAAGCUAUUCCAUUUUUUCAGUGGUUUUUAAUCCCACCCCCAACUGCUGGCUGAUAAAAUCAGAAAGCAUGCAGACUUAAGAAGGACUGGUAAAGCAGGAUGUUGCCCAGCGAUGAGGAUUUUGUUGUGACCUUUAAGACCAAAAUGGAUGGCAGCAGACCCUGAUGUUUGGCUCUUGACAUGCCGGUUUUAUGCUCCCUCAGUUUUUCGUUGAGCUGUUUUGUGUUUUGGCAACGUGUGUCCAGUGAGGUCAAUUGACCUUAUUUGGAUUUGAGAAUUUUUUUUUUUCCACUGAAUUUAAUUAAAUGUUAAUUAAAGGUU